AUGUGCGGAGGGAAGGCUGGCACCGCCUGCAGGGCCACGGAGCCAAGAGCUUCCCCAAGCCCCUCCAGACAGCCGUGCUCCUCGGACCCUGCGCUCCUGAGGUCCCGCAAGGCCCAGCCAGCGCGGACAGAGCCCGGCGAGCUGGGGGCGGGGCGGGGGCGGGGCCGCCCAGCGCCCCACGACCCUCCCUCCAAGGGGCUGCGGGGGGUGGGGCCUCGGUUCGGCCCCUCGGUCCCGGCGGCCUCGGCGAUUCAUUCAUUGGCCAAAGACGCGUCCGGGGAGCUUGGGGGCCGGGCCGGAGUGACGACGCUCUCCGGGCUAGGCCGUGAGGGCCCGGGCCGGGGUCCGGACGCCGCCGUGACUACGCUCCCCGGGCCGGCGCACUCACCGCGGCCGCCUCCGCCCGGAUGCGCGGCCCCCGCCCCGGCGCCCAGCCUCAGCCCACGGACCCUCUUCCGCCCUCCGUCGACGCUCCAGCCGCCGCGUCUCUAUGAUGGAGGCCGCCAGGCUGAUGCCACGAGCCCCGAGGCAUCGAUGACCGUCGAGGGCCGAGCGCCACAGCACGCGUCGGCCGUUGCUGCGCCUGCGCGUUAG